AUGAGAAGGGAAUCUGAGGUUGAAGAUUCAGACAAGCUUCAAGGUAUACAUGAACCUCGAACUGCAUGUAAAACAAAUUCACCCGACCGGCUUCAGAAAGGUGAAACUGUGAAGGAAUGUGCUGACACAGGGAACAUAAAUGAUAGCAAAUGUUGUCCUGUGGAAAACAAAAUUGAUGAAAAUGAACAAAUAGAAUCCAGUACGUCACUUGGAAAUGCUCGUCUCGAGACCGAUGUGCCACCCGGGUUUUCAUAUUCAGACAAAGGUAAAAAGUUGCCUGUGCCUGAAGAUUCUCUUCAAAGUGGCAAAGACUGUCCCAAGACAGUACAUGCAGGGGCUGUUUGGGACAUCUUUCGUAGGCAGGAUGUGCCCAAAUUAAUGGAGUACUUGCAAAAGCACUGGAAAGAAUUUCGCUAUUAUACAAUGUCGCCUUCGUAUUCUGUUGUUCAUCCUAUUCAUGACCAGACUUUUUAUAUGAAUGAGAAGCACAAGAAACAGUUGAAGGAGGAGUUUGAUGUAGAACCUUGGACGUUUGAGCAAUACCUUGGUGAGGCUGUGUUCAUUCCCGCUGGGUGCCCACAUCAAGUGCGGAACAGACAGUCCUGUACGAAAGUCGCUGUGGACUUUGUAUCCCCUGACAACGUUCAAGAGUGUAUCAACUUGACAAAGGAGUUUCGUUUGCUUCCUCAAUAUCAUAGAUCUAAGCAAGAUAUAUUAGAGGUGAAGAAGCUGGCUGUUUUUGCUGCAAGUGUUGCCACCACUGAAGCGAGAACUCUGAUGUUAAAAUUAAAGAAUGCUGAUGAAUCAAAUUCUCGUGAUCCACACAGCGCAAUAGGGCAACAACCGGGGCAAGCUGUUGUAGUUUGA